CAGCCGCCUCCGGGCGCUGUUUGCUCCCAGUUCCCUCCCAGUGCUCCCAGUAAAAGCGAUACUGGGAGGGAAAGCGCUCCCAAUUCCUUCCCGCUGCUAUCAGCAUCGCUGUCGGUGCUCCCAGGAUCGCUCCCCGUGCCGCGCGGAUUGCGCCCGCUUUGGAACCCCCACCCAGGGCAGAGCGCAGCUGCUUUUAGGUGUCGGCACCGCCCGGGCCGGGCUGGGAGCGGAGGAGGAGCGGAAGGAGGAGGAGGAGCGACAGAGGAGGAAGACCGGGGAAGGCGAAAGAUAAAGAGCGGAAGGGCAGGAAGAGGAGGAGCAGGAAGAGGAGGGACAAAAGAGGAGGGAGAGGAAGAGCAGUACCAGCACAAACACCACGGGGUUGUCCCGCCCGCUCGCUCAGACCACAGGUCCCCCGGCUCCGGCAGUUUCGCCUCCCCGGAACCCGCAGGUGAACGGAGAGAGGGCGAUCGCCCCAAAUCCAUCGGGGCGGGGGGGCUCCGAGAGGUUUUUUUUCCUGGGCAGGGCAUGUUUGGAUCUCGCAGGACCUCAAAGCCGAGCCGGAAAAGGACCUGGAGGGAUCUUAGCGGGUCGCAUGUGGCGAUUGCAGGAGGGCAGAGCCUGGAGAUGAGCUGGACACGGGGCCCUUGAGACUGAAAGGGGCACUGACUGCUGCAGCUGCACUUGGGCAGCGGGACCAUCAAACUGAACACGCUCAGCCCUUAUUUAUCCCCACAAAACAGGAUUUCCCGUUCCCAAACCUUGGCAUGAUCGAGGAGGAAAGGGCCACGAGGAAGAGGAAGAUGGACCAGGAGCGCCAGGCAGACAAGGAGCUGAGCACGGAGACCAGGGAGGAGAAAUCCCCGCGGCAGAUCCUCGUGGAAGAGGCCGUUUUGAGCGGAUCCGCAGCGCAGGAAUCCAGCGGGGCGGAAAAGCCGCAGAAAUCCCACACGAGGAGGGGCUGCAAACGCAGAUCACGGGGAUCUGAGGAGGAAAGAUCCACCCUGGGCCGGGAAGGCGGCCAGAGAUCGGAGCUGGGGGUUCCUGAGCAGCUUCAGGAUGGGGAGAAGCCCCACAAGUGCUCGAAAUGUGAGAAGAGCUUCAGGUGGAAAUCGCUCCUUCUCCAGCACUGGAGAAUCCACACGGGGGAACAGCCCUAUGAGUGUGGGGAGUGUGAGAAGAGCUUCCUGUUGAGCUCGGAUCUGAUCAAACACCAGAGGAUGCACACCGGGGAACGGCCCUAUGAGUGUGGGAAGUGUGGGAAGAGCUUCCGUUUUAGAUCCAAUCUGAUUACCCACCAGAGGAGCCACACCGGAGAGAGACCCUACGAGUGUGACCAAUGCAGGAAGAGGUUUCAGUCCAGCUCCCAUCUCCUCGUGCACCAGCAGAUUCACACGGAUGCAAGGCCCUUCUGCUGCCCCGACUGCGGGAAGGGCUUCAAGCAAAACUCCAGCCUUAUCAAACACCGGAGCGUCCACACCGGGGAGAGGCCUUACGAGUGUCCCAAGUGUGGGAAGAGCUUCAGAAUCAGCUCCCAUCUCACUGUCCACCAGAGGAGCCACACAGGGGAACGACCCUAUAAAUGUGGGGAGUGUGGGAAGAGCUUCAGCCAGAGCUCCCACCUUAUGUGCCACCAGAGAAGCCACACUAGGGAGAGGCCAUACGAGUGUGAUCAAUGCAGGAAGAGGUUUGCCACCAGCUCCAAUCUCCUCAAGCACCAGCGGACUCACACAGAGGACAGGCCCUUCCGCUGCCCUGAUUGCAAGAAGGGCUUCAAGCGAAACUCCGCCCUCGUCAGCCACCGACGCAUCCACACUGGGGAGAGGCCCUACGAGUGUCCCGAGUGUGGGAAGAGCUUCAGCGAUAGCUCUGCCCUGCUCGUGCACCAGAGGAUCCACACCGGGGAACGGCCCUACCAGUGUGCAGAGUGUGGGAAGAGCUUUAACCAGAGCUCCCACCUGAUUAUCCACCAGAGGAGCCACACUGGGGAGAGGCCCUAUGAAUGUGACCAAUGCAGGAAGAAGUUUCAGUCCAGCUCCAGUCUCCUCCUGCACCAGCGGAUUCACACAGAUGAGAAGCCCUUCCGCUGCCAAGACUGUGGGAUGGGUUUCAAGUACAACUCCAGCCUUGUCAUCCACCGGCGCGUCCACACUGGGGAACGGCCCUACAAGUGUCCUAAGUGUGGCAAGAGCUUUUCCAGGAGCUCCCGCUUGACCCAACACCAACGGAGCCACCACUAAGGGCAGCCCUGUGAGUGCCCUAAGUGCAGGAAGAACUUUUUCCCUCCCAGUGCUCCCAGUAAGAGCGAUGCUGGGGGGGAAAGCGCUCCCAACUCCUUCCCGCUGCUCUCAGGAUCGCUCCCGGUGCUCCUGGGAUCGCUCCCAGUGCCGCGCGUGGCGGGACCGCUUUGGAACCACCCCAGGACAGAGCGCGGCUGCUUUUGGGUGUCGGCACCGCCCGGGCCGGGCUGGGAGCGGAGGAGGAGCGGGAGGAAGAGGAGGGACAGAGGAGGACGAGGAAAGGCAGGAGCGGCACGAAGAGGAGGAGGGCCAAAAGAAGAGGAGAAGGGGGAGCAAGAGCAGCAGGACCCGAACGCGGUUCCUCCGCCCGCCCGCUCAGCCCGCAUUUCCCCUGGCUCCGGCAGCAUCGCGCCCCCGGAACCCGCAGACAGGGAGCUGAGGACGGAGUCCACGAAGGACAAAUCCCCACACCAGAUCCUCAUGGAAGAGGCCGUUUUAAGCAGCUCCACAGCGCAGGAAUGCAACGGGGAGGAAAAGCCCUGGAGAUCCCGCACGAGGAGCGGCUGCAAACGCAGAUCACAGGGAUCUGAGGAGGAAAGAUCCACCCUGAGCAGGGGAGGUGACUGGAGAUGUGGCCAGAGCUCAGAGCUGGGGGUCCCUGAGCACCUUCACGAUGGGGAGAAGCCCCACAAGUGCUUGAAAUGUGAGAAGAGCUUCAGCCACAGAUCCUCCCUGAUGCGCCACUGGGGAAUCCACACUGGGGAGAGGUCCUACAAGUGUGGUAAAUGCAAGAAGAGGUUCCAGUCCACCUCCUGUCUCCUUAAGCAUCAGCAGGCUCACACAGAGGAGAAGCCCUUCUGCUGCCUUGAGGAAAAGCCCUUCUGCUGCCUUGAGUGUGGGAUGGGCUUCAAGUACAACUCCAACCUCGUCACCCACAUGCGCAUCCACACCAGGGAGAGCCCUUAUGAGUGUGACCAAUGCAAGAAGAGAUUUCCCACCAGCUCCCGUCUCCUCGUGCACCAGCGGAUUCACACAGAUGAGAAGCCCUUCCGCUGCCCCGACUGCGGGAUGUGUUUCAAGCACAAGCCGUCGCUCAUCAACCACCGGCGCAUCCACACUGGGGAGAGGCCCUAUGAAUGUCCCGAGUGUGGGAUGAGCUUCUCACAGAGCUCCACCCUGGUUGCCCACCAGAGGAGGCACACCGGAGAACGGCCCUACGAGUGUGUGGAGUGUGGGAAGAGCUUCAGGACGAGCUCUGAACUGAUCAUCCACCGGAGAAGCCACACAGGGGAACGGCCCUAUGACUGUGAUGAGUGUGGGGAGAGUUUCAGCCGGAGCUGCCACUUGAUCUGCCACAAGAGGAGGCACAAGGCCCCUGUGGCCCACAAGAAAUGGCCCAACGAGUGUGGGAAGUGUGGGAAGACCUUCAGGUGGAGCUCUGAACUGAUUGUCCACCAAAGGAGCCACACAGGGGAACGGCCCUACGAGUGCAGGGAAUGUGGGAAGAGAUUCAUGUCAAGGUCCCACCAGGUUGCCCACCAGAAGAUCCACACAGGGGAACGGCCCUACAAGUGUGACCAGUGUAAGAAGACGUUUCCCACCAGCUCAAAUCUCCUUGUACACCAGCGGAUUCACACAGAUGAGAGGCCCUUCCGCUGCCACGACUGCGGGAAGGGCUUUAAGAGCAAUUUCACUCUCAUCAGCCACCAGCGCAUCCACACUGGGGAGAGGCCCUUUGAGUGUCCCAAGUGUGGGAAGAGCUUCUCGAGCAACUCAGCCUUGACCAAACACCAACAGAGGAUGUUCCCGUGGCUGCUGCUGACACUGAGCAUCUUCCACUGUCCCGUCACAGGCAUGUCCCCAGCUGUGUCCCCAACUGUCCCCCCAUGCCACACGGACUUGGUGCUCGCCAUCCUGGAUGCCCUUGAGUCCCCAGUCCAGGACUGUGGAUCUCCUCUUCCAGGAAAUUCAGAGCUGGACAGGCUUCCUGGGGACAUCGAUGGCCCCAGGGCUCGGGCGUGUCCUCAGUGGGAGAAGGGACAUCACCUCGAGGACAAGGAAGAGAAGGAGAAGGAGGAGGAAGAGUUGUCCCUUCGGAGCCCGCCGGUGAGUGAGGAGGGGGAGCUCGUCGCAAAACCAUCGGGGUGUCUCUGGGAAUUCCCAUUCCUAAACCUCGGCCCAAUGGAUGAGGACGCUGAGAGGAAGAUGAUCUGGGAGCCCCGGGCAGACAAGGAGCUGAGGAUGGAGACCAGGGAGGACAAAUCCCCAUGGCAGAACCUCAUGGAAGAGGCCGUUUUGAGCGGCUCCGCAGCGCAGGAAUCCAACGGGGAGGAAAAGCCCCAGAGAUCUCACAUUAGGAUGGGCUGCAAACACAAAUCACAGGGAUCUGAGGAAGAAAGAUCCACCCUGGGCCAGGAAGAUGACCAGAACUCAGAGCUGGGGGUUCCUGAGCAGCUUCGUGAUGGAGACAAGCCCCACAAGUGCUCAAAAUGUGAGAAGAGCUUCAGGUGGAGAUCCUCCCUUAUCCGACACUCAAGAAUCCACAGAGAGAAAUGGCUCUAUGAGUGUGGGCAGUGUGGAAAGAGCUUCAGUUCGAGCUCCAGCCUGAUCCACCACCAGAGGAACCACACCAGGGAGAGACCUUAUGAGUGUGAUCAAUGCAAGAAGAGGUUUCCCACCAGCUCCCGUCUCCUCGUGCACCAGCGGAUUCACACGGAUGAGAGACCCUUCCGCUGCCCCGACUGCGGGAUGUGUUUCAAGCACAACUCAUCCCUCAUCAACCACCGGCGCAUCCACACUGGGGAGAGGCCCUAUGAGUGUCCCGAGUGUGGGAUGAGCUUCUCACAGAGCUCCACUCUGAUUUCCCACCGGAGGAGCCACACGGGGGAACGGCCCUACGAGUGUGGGGAGUGUGGGAAGAGUUUUGGCCGGAGCUCCACCCUGAUUGCCCACCAGAGGAGCCACACCAGGGAGGGGCUCUACGAGUGUGGUCAGUGUAGGAAGCGCUUCAGCUGGAGCUACCACCUGAUCCGCCACCAGCUGAUCCACACUGGGGAGAGGCUCUACCACUGCGAUGAAUGCAAGAGGAGUUUUCAGACCAGCUCCUGUCUCCUCAGGCACCAGCGGAUUCACACGGAUGAGAGGCCCUUCCGCUGCCCUGACUGCGGGAAGGGCUUUAGGGAGAAGUCUGCCCUCAUCAACCACCAGCGCAUCCACACCGGGGAGAGACCCUUCAAGUGUUCCGAGUGUGGCAAGAGCUUCACCCACAGCUCUACCUUGACUCAACACCUACGCAGGCACAACUAAGGGAUGCCCUAUGAGUGCCCUGAGUGCAGAAAGAGCUUCAUGCACUGCUCCAGCUCCAUCCUCCAUGGAAGGAUCCACACUGGAUGAACCCCAAUGACCCCGGUAGCAGAGUCCCAGUGAUCCGUGGUGCCGGUGAUCCGUGUUGGGAGGACACCUGGCUGAGGGCUCCACAUCCUCCUGGCUCCCCAUGGCCUGCAUUUUCUUUUCAUUUCUCUUCGUCCUUUCAAAACAUCCAAAACUGGGGUAGAAAUAAAGAUUUUGAACUAAGACAAGGAUGGGGACAUGGGGGGAUCUUCCAGGGGAUAUGGGGGAUGCUGGAUGCCAGGGAGUUGAAGGUUCCUGGCAGGGACUGGGGGUUGCUCAGGCCUUUGGGCUCCCCAGGCCGAGUGGCUCCAGCUGCUCUGGGAGACCCUGGCACAGGUUCCGGGGCAGCUGAUCAAGGACCCCCUGCCCUGGAACUGUCCUCAUGUCCCCCCGUCCCGGUUCCCAGUGUCUCCUGUCCAGGUUCCCCCUCUCCCCGCUGUUACUUGCAUUGCCCCCUGCUCUUUCCCGUGUCACCCCACUCCUGGUCUCAUCCUGCUCCCAUCCCAGUCUGGAUCCCAUUCCUGGUCUCAUUCCCUGUAGCUGUCCUGUAUUCUCUGGCUGGCUACCAUUCCCAUAUUCCCAGUCACGAUUCCCUGCCGCGUUCUCAUACUCCUGGUCCUGCUGCAAGUCCUGCAAUUCCAUUUUUUCAUUCCCUGUCCCAUUCCCAUAUUCCUGAUCCCAGUCCCGUUGCUGUGUUCCCAUUUCUGAUUCCUGUCACACCUUCCUAAUCCCUAUCACAUAUUCUCUCUCCAAUUGCUGUUUCCAUGUUCCCUGUCUCGUUGCCAUAUUCCCAUCCCUGGUCUCAUUUCUGGACCCUCUCCCAUAAUCCCAGUCACUGUCUCCAUUCCCCAUCCCAUUCCUGCUCCCAGUCCCAUAUUCCCUGUCCCGUUCUUGGUCCCUGUCCCCAUUCCAACUAUCAUUCCCAGUCCCUGUCUCAUAUUUCCAGUCCUAUUCCCAGUCCCCAUCCCCAUUACCAAUUCUUGUCCCCAUCCCUGGUGCCAUUCCCCGUGCCACUCCUGGUCCCAGUCCCGUAUUCCCCGUUGGAUUCCCAGUCCCUGUCUCGUAUUCCCUGUCCCUUUCCCAGUCCCAGUCUGGUAUUUUAGGUCCCCUUCUUGGUCCCUGUCCCCAUUCCCAUUAUCAUUCUGAAUUGCUGUCUUAUUUCCAUUCUUAUAUUCCCAGUCUCUGUCCCCAUUCCCAGUCACUAUCCAGUGCCAUUCCUGGUCCCAUUCCCAGUUCCAUUCUGGUAUAGCUGGCCCAAUUCUUAGUACCUGUCCCCAUUCCUAGUAUUAUUCCCAGUCCCUGUCUCUUAUUUCCAGUCCCAUUCCCGGUCCCAUUCCCAUAUUCCAUGACCCUGUCCCCACUCCCAGACUCAGUCCCAUAUUCCCGGUCCCUGUCCCCAUUCCUAGACACAUUCCCCAUCCCAGUCCCGUAUUCUGAGUCCCUGUCCCAAUUCUCUUUCCCAGUCCCAUAUUCCUGGUUCCAUUCAUGGUCCCUGCCCUCAUUCCCAGUAUCAUUCUCACUACUUGUCUUGUAUUUCCAGCCCAUUUCUGAUCCCUGUCCUGAUUUCCGGUCCCUGUCCCCAUUUCUGGUCCGUGUCCCCUUUCCCAGUCCCUGUCCCCAUUCCCAAACCCUUUCCCUAUUUCCUGUCCCAUUCCCAGUCCCUGUCCCCAUUCCCAAACCCUUUCCCUAUUCCCUGUCCCAUUCCCGGUCCUUGUCCCGAAUUCCCAGUGCUGUACCCCAGGGCCACCUCUGACAUGGGGCCCUGAGGGCUCCACAUCUCGGGCUGGCGGUGGCACACGAACCGUUCAGCCCCGCUGCUGUCCUUGGCCAACUGCAGAGAGCACAAGGCUUUGGCCAUUCCUCAGAGGCCCCCAGCUGCCAGAGCAGCCCCUCCUGCCAGCACCCGCUGUGCCUCAUGUUGAGAAUGGGCCAGGAGACCAGCUCCAGAGUGAUUUCAGCCUUUGUUAAAAGAACAGCCUGGGAAGAGGAGGCCCAGCGCACCAUGCUGCUGCUCCAGUGGCGACUCGGAGGAGGAGGCAAUCAGCUCCAUCUCUGUAUGGCGGAUCUCGGUCUUCUCGCCUCACAAGAGUCUCCAGGAAGACACUUGCUGGCUCUUGGUCCAGGGGUGUCAUGCUGAUCAAGUGCAGUUCAGGUCAUGGCAACAAGGUGAAAAGCUUUGGUUGGUGGUCUGACGUUCUUUACUGUUUUCUUCAUCUAAAGGUGUUGUUUAGAUCUUUAUUGGUACUAGGGCUCAUUGGUUUUAGAGGUUUUUGUCUGCUAAUUUAGCUUCUGCCAGAUACUAGGCCUUAUGGGAGUCUUACGUUUGCAUCUGCCAUCAUGGGUACAAAGGGAGCAGCAGGGCGAUACUCGAUGGUGAGGCAGGAUACGAGCUAGGAACUAAUUAACUUACAUAACUUAUGAGACAUUUACAGAACAUUCUGACAAACAACUGUGUAACUUAACAUUGAAAUGGGUAAUUAACCUUUAGAAACUUUAUUUUUUACAAUUCCCCCCUCUAAUUCUUUGAUCGGGCUCCAGCCUUACAUCAAUUUGCAGUUUCUGACUCUCGGAAAUAGUGUUUUCUCAAUUUUUGGUACCGAUCAUAAACCUUUUUGGCGUUUUUGUGUUCUUGUUCUUGGCUCUCUACCUUCAUAAUGCUAGUUUGUCUCUGAUUGGUCAUUUCUGGGAUUUGUAUACGUGCUUGGAUUGUGGAAGUUACUACUCGAACCAGGCAAGGGAGUAGGCAGGGUAGAAACAGUAAACUUGUUAAUGCACAAGCUAUAAUAAAAGCCGCUUUUUUCCACCAACUAGUAUCUACUAGGGGAGUCCACUCUUGGGUAUUGACAUAUGUUAUCUUGCAUAUCUCUUUGGAGAUGUUUUUGAUCAGUUCGCUUUUGUCAUUGAUCUCUAAGCAGCACUCUGAGGAAACAAAUUUGCCACAUAUUCCUCCUUCAUCAGCUAGUAAAUAAUCUACAGCAAGCCGAAUUUGAGAGAUUGCUGCUCUGGUCUGGGUUAAUUGGUUACUCAUGUCGUCAAGGGUGAGGGUUGUUUUGGUGGAAAAAAUUUCUAGUACUGCUUGGAGUCGGAUAAUUCUAUUGAGCAUAUAAAUCGGGGUGCAGUAUCCCUAAGACCCAUCUUGGCCCAAGUGACUGGCCCAUAAGUUUUCAUUCUUUUUUCUGGGGUCCAGAUUUUGCCUUUCUAUUUUUGGGUACUCCCCAUGUCAAUUAUAUUUCUUCUCUUUCGGUUGGUUUUUCUUAAAUCAUCGUGUAGUGGAACUCCCAGAUUUGACCCUGAUUCUUUUGGGAGUAGGAAGAAGGCGGGUUUAAUGAUUGCUAUGGUGCAACUCCCUGCCCCAUCUCCUGGGAGUUUGGUGUAUGCUGUGCUUCUACAAAUCCAAAACAAAUUGGGGCUUCCCAAAAUGCAUCUUUUAUUUCUGAGGGAUAUUCCCAGUAUUUGGACAAUUUUCUUAUUCCCCAGAAGGGGUUUAUCCCUUUUUCGGCGCAUUCAUGCAGCCUGUACCCCUCGUGGUAAAUGCACCCUUUUUCGUUCUUCUCAAUGGACCAGUAUCGAUUUGGCUCUCGGGGAAUCCACCUAGUGCUUAAAUCUUUUGUUGUAUUUUUUACAGGCCAUUUUUCCUACUAGGGUCUUAGACCUUUUCCCUCAUAAUACAUUCUUCACCAAUACCUUUGACCUUAAGUCCCAUUCCUCCUUCCUUCUUUGCCCUGUGAUUUGAGGUUCUUGUUCGACUUGUUUCCAUUUCAAUCUCUCUAGUGGUCUCAGACUAAUCCCAACCCAAGGUUAAAUUUCUGUCAUUUGGGUAUUUCCCCAAACCCAACAGUUGGUUAAAUUUAACUCCUUACUGAUCCUCUCAACUAAAUCUAUGAAUAAAUUUUUCCCCAGGGGUAUUUCUAAGUCUUCUUUUUUUAAAAAUUUGGUUACCACUGUUAGUUUUUCUUCUACUAGGUCUGUUAAUCGUUCUUGGUUGGCUUCAUGUUUGCAGCAGAACUAGGCAUCUCUUACAGGGCAUUCCCCAAGCAAACACUGCUUAAACGAGGCUGUAUUUCUUGCAAUCCAAUAAACUUUCCCAUCUUCUUGACAGGUGGCUAACUGGGAGUGAUUAAAACAGCUGUGGUUUAUGUUGCUAUGGACUCUUAUUAAAGACCCGAGAUUUUCCCCAUCAUCGAGAGGGUGAUAGCACUCAGUACAUGCUGUUUCUCUACUCUCUAGGGUGCUACCCACGAGCAGGGCUAACACCAGCCCUCCCAAGAGUCCGGUAUGAGCCAUUUCUGGUGUGGCGGACUUCACUUGCUCUCCCGGUCUUGCCUCCUGGGACUGGGGAAUUCUCGGGGAGGGGGGGGUGGGUAACAGAGAUUUUUCUUUAUCCUCACUUCUUUAUUAAUUUAGUGGUCCUUAGGAAAUGCUCUGUAGCAGAUUUAGUCCACAUCAAAGUUGGGGUCUUUAGAAGAGGUAUUUUAAUUCUUAAGAACAGUACAACUUUCGUUAACAAUAAGGACUUUGACAAACUUGAAAACUCCGGAAAUAUUUAUCAAACUAUUAUAAACUGACAACAAUAAUUAUAAAUAUCAAACCACAAAAAUUACUAGAACCCUUUAACUGGUAUAUCAAUCUUUAACAUAUUCUAAAACCAGUUUGUCGGUCUGUGGUGAUCUUUAGCUGAUAUUUGGCUUUCUCUUAAGAGUCACUUUAAGGUUUCCCAAGCCUUGAACUGUGACCCACUUGGGAUGAUCUGUAGGUGGUACUGCUGGGUCUAAUCUGUUGUCAGGGGGUGACACUGGUCCUUUUACUCAGGUGAUAUGGAUCCAGCCUUCUUCUUGCGUUCGCACUGUGGUGUGUGUGGUAACACCUGGAAGGGGCCUUCAAAUUUGGGGGUGAAUGGGGAGUUAUUCCUUUUGAUCAGUACCCAAUCCCCAGGGCUAAUCUGGUGCACCUUUGUGGUCAAGGGGAGAGGUCUGGGGGAGAUAUCCCUUAUUCCUAAGACUCUCUAGUGUUUUCCCAAUGGUUUCUAAGUAUUUCCGGCUUGGUGUCUCCCCUUCUAAAUAAUCCCCUGAGCUGUGUGGAGUUCUUAGGAAAGAGAGGCCAAACAUCAUUUCAUAGGGGGAGACCCCUACGUCUGACUGAGGUCUCGUUCUGAUUCCUAGGAGGGCGAGGGGUAAUCACCUGAGCCAGUUCAUUUGAGUUUCAGCAAUUAGUUUUGUUAGCACAUUUUUGAGGGUUUUAUUCAUCCUUUCCACCCUUCCAGAGCUCUGGGGAUGCCAUGGGGUGUGCAGCCUCCAUUUCAUCCCCAGGGCCUCAAUGACUUUGUGUAAAGCUUGGGCAACAAAGCGUAGUCCUCUGCCUGAGCCGAUGUUAUUGAUUAGCCCGUACCAGGGAAUGAUAUGUUCUAAAAUUAUUUUUGCGACCACUUCUGCUGUUUCUUUCUUGGUUGGGAAGGCUUCUACGCAGUGGGUGAGGUGAUCUACUACUACUAGCAAAUGUUUAUAUCCUUGCAUAGGGGGCAUCUCAGUGAAAUCUAUUUGGACGUUUUGGAAUGGUCUCAGGGCUAGCUCCCUUCCCCCAGGUGCGAUCUUUCUCAUUACCUUUUGGUCUACCUUUUGACAGAUUAUGCAUCCUCUAGUUACUGCUUUUGCCAAAUCAUAUGCCCCAAUAGACAGGUUUUCCCUUAGAAAGUGGUUUCAUAAUCCUUGCAUUCCCCAAUGGGUUAAUUUGUGUAUUUCUGUUAGCAUUCUUGGGGCUAGAGCCUUAUUUAAAAACUUGCUCCCAUCAGGUGUCAGCCACUCCCCUUGCUCCCCAUGACGUAGUCCUAAUUCCUUUAUUGCUUUUAAUCCUUUCUCACUGAAUAAUGGCUCUUCUUUUCACUCCUUUUCACCUGGUGUUCUAUCUAGCUUAAGGAUUCUCAUUGGCUCCCCCAAAUCUAGAGCUGCUUCUUCAGCUAUCUGAUCAGCCAGUUGAUUUCCUCUCACUUCAAAGGUAUCCGCUUUCUGAUGUCCUCUUAUAUGCACCACCGCUAUUUCUGCUGGUUUAGGCAGGGAUUCUAAUACUAACCUUAUUAAUUCCUCAUGCACUAGGUUCUUUCCCAUUGAAUUUAAGCAUGCACGCUCUGCCCAGAAUUUUCCAAAGGUGUGGACAAACCCUAAUGCAUAUCGCAAAUCAGUACAGAUGGUCCCUUGAUCUCCUUCUAGUGGAUCUAAUCCCCUUUUCAAUGCAUAGACCUCACAGCACUGGGCUGACCAGUUGGAAGGCAAUUUCCCUUUUUUCUACAAUUUCCAUGGUUUUCCCCUCUGUUACAGCAAUUACAGCAUAUCCUGAAGUUCUUUUCCCUUCUACUACUCUCGAGGCCCCAUCAAUGAAUAAUAUUUUUCCAUGAGGCAGGGGUACAUCUUCCAGGUCUUCUCUUACUUUAGUUUGUAAGUUUACAAGUUCAAGACAGUCAUGUUCCAACUUGGGUAAAGGUUCUCAGGAGAGAAACUGUGCUGGAUUUAAACUUUUAGAGGUGAUUACUUCUAAGUCAUCCGUAUUCAUUAAGAUGAUUUCAUACUUUAAUAUUCUAGAGUCUGUCAGCCAUUGCGGGGCUCUUUGGCUUAGGACUAUUUUAAGAUCGUGCGGUGUAUGGACUUUAACAUUUCUCUGCGGGGUAAUUUCUGGGUCUUUUCUAUUAGGACAGCUGCAGCAGCAGUUGCUUGGAGACAGGUUGGCCACCCUCUAGCCACUGGGUCUAAGACCUUUGAAAGGUAGGCUACUGGCUUUCUGCACCCUCCCCACUCCUGGGUUAACGCCCCAUAUGCAAUUCCCCCUUCUGUGUUUAUAAACAAGUCAAACCCUUUCCUGAGGUCAGGCAGACUCAGGAAAGGUGCUGAGGAUAGAUAUCGUUUAAAUCUUGUGGCUGUUCUUCAUCCUUAGCUGUCCAUCUCACAGGUUCAAGAUCUACUAAUUUAUCAUAGAGAAACUUGACACUUUGGGUAUACCGAUCUAGCCACAGUUUGCAAUACCCAAAUAGGCCUGAGUUUUCUUAUCUCUCUUUUGGUUUGGGGGGCUGCUAUAGAUAAGAUGCCUGAGAUUCUUUCAGGGCUUAACUUCUUAUAUCCUCCUCCAGUUAUGUGGCCUAGAUAGGUAACCUCUGAUUCUACAAAUGGUAACUUGUCUCGCAUACUCUUAGGCCUUUCUUUUAUCCCUAAGAAAUUCAGAAGUGGACUGCUGGUCCCCCUGACCUCACUCUGUUCCUCACCAGGUAUCAAAAGGUCGUCUACAUACGCUAGAAUUUGCACUUUACUCUCAGGGGUAAACUGUUCCAAUAAUUCCUCUAAUGCCUGCCUGAAGAGGUUUGGGGACUCUGUAAACCCUUGGGAUAGGCAUGUCCACCUUAGCUGUUGUUUCCUUCUCCUGUCAGGGUUACUCCCAUUCAAAUGCAAACCAGUCUCGGCAUUCUUUUGCUAAAGGCCAUGCCCAAAAUGCAUCUUUUAGGUCAAUGAUUGUUAAACCAGGUGUGUUCUCUUGGGAUUCCGCUUAAGAGAGUGUAGGGUUUGGACACCACAGGGUGCCUGGUGAUGGUGCUUUUCUUUAUUUCCCUUAGCUCCUGAACUAAUCUGUAUUUGCCUUCUGCCUUCUUGACUGCCAGUAUGGGGGUGUUAUGGGGAGACAUGCAUGGUUCUAAAAUACCUUCUGUUAAUAGAUGUUCAAUUACGGGUACUAAUCCUUCCCUACCUUCUGGGGAUAUUGGAUAUUGCUUAACCUGGAUGGGAGGGGUAUCUUUUUGAAUUUCUGCCUGUAUUGGUGGAAUGUCUAGAUAAACACAUCUUCCUUCUUCUGCCCACACUUCUGGAUUUAUCUCUUCUAUGUCCCCUUGAGUUAGCCUCAUAAUUGGGGCUAUCAUCUUCCCAUCUCUCGGCAUGAUUCCCACCCCACCCCUAGACCUGUAGGUCUCUUCCUAAUAGGUUACUUUCUAAAUUGAGUAGAUAGAUAAAGUCAGCAAAGCAUUGUCUUCAGUUCCCUCUUAUUUCGACAUUCGCAACUAUUGAGGCUUUGAAUGGUUUUCCUUUUGCUCCUAACACUUGGCAGACCUUUCUCCCAAUGGUGACUCCUGCUGAGAGUUUUCUUAUGCUAGAUCAAUCUGCUCCUGUAUCGACUAGAAACUCAAAUUCUUCAUUUUGGGGACCCACUUCAAAAUUUACCAGGGGCUCCUCUUGAUCACUCACUGGGUCCCCUAGUGUGUAAAGCCCCUGACACCCCUAAUCAUCACCCCUUAAAAUCUUCUCUAGGGUCUCCUGUUCUUGAGCAAUCACUUCAUCAAACAAAAGUUUUUUACGAGUUCUCAGAUGUCCUACCUCUCCCCAGUAGUAACACUUUCUGUUGUCUAGUGGUAUUCCAGGUUUCCUGGUAUUAUUACUGUCUUUAUUGGCCCUGGGUGACCCAGAUCUACCCUUAUGUUCUCUGACUGGGAGCCUUGGUGUUGGGGGUGAGGUUUGGGGGUUUUUUUUCCCAUAGAAUUCCCCCCCCUUCCCCCAUGAGUUGCUAAGAGACUGAUGCUUAGACAGUGCUUGACCCACACAAAAGAAGUGGCCAAGGGUGGGAGAAGAUCACUUAAGUUUGGGGGAGGGAAAAGCACAGUGCUCCGGGAGCUGAGUGUGCUUUUUGCUGCUCUCGGCAUUGGGCAUCGGAGAGACAUGGUCAGGCUGCUGUUUGCUGUGUGAAGAGUCCACUGUUACCAGAGGGUCCGGUCCCAGGAAUUCUACCACCAUCCAUCAUCUGCUGGAGUGCCCAGGAAUUUGGAGCCCCUUCGCCUGCCCCGCUGGAGCUGGGCCGGCCGCGUCCAGCCACCACGGCUUCUUCAGCACUGCUCACUUUGCCGGGCCACCCCCUUUCUGCCUGCCGGGACACACGCCCCUUUUGCCUGCAGGUGACAACCUGCCAUUUCCAGCCAUCAGCCCCGGAGUGUCCCACCGUUCCAGCCUGGUGCUCUUGGGGAGGGGCCCAAGAGAUCAGACUGCCCCAGGCUUGUGAAACAAAGCCCCUCGAGGUACUUGGUUCUGAUUAUUAUUACUGUAGUUGUUGUUGUUUUGUUUGUCCUGUUAAAUUUACUAGUAAAGAACCAUUAUUUCUUUCCCCAUAUCUGCCUGAAAAAACUCCUUUAAUUUUCUAAAUUGUAAUAACUUGAGAGGAGGGAUUGGAAUUCCCCAUUCCUAGAGAGGCCCUGCCCCUCCCUGGCAGAUACCAGUCUUUCAAACCAAGACAGAAUUUGCUACCCAAUG